AUGCAGUCAAUUCCUCAAUUAAAACGCUUAGAAGAUUUCGAACUUCCAAAAUAUCAAAAUUCUUGUCCUCAGCCGAAAGGUGUCCGUCGCUAUCAUGUCCAUAAGAAUUUUGUAUCUUCAGAAUACGCACUUGCCCAAGAUGAUUAUUCAAACUACUUAAAGCGAAUUUUAAAACUGGAUUCAUCUCCAACUCCAAGUCUUUCCUAUAGAUCUCCAACUCAUAUGAGCACUCAAUCGACAACAACUGAUGACUAUUAUAAAAAUGAAAUUCCUACAAGGUCAGUUUCUUCACUAGAAAAACCAGUUACGAUAAUUAAGGUAAAAGACAGUGGAAUACAGACAGAAAUUUUCGAACAAAAAAAUGAAAGCUCUAGCGAUGAAGAAGAGGAAUAUAGAGAAAGACUGUCGAGAAUAAGAGAAAGUAGAAGCUUAAAUCAGCUUCCAAAUAUUAAUACGCAAGAGCCACCCUCAAAACUGCUCCAGCCUCAUUUAAAUUUGUCUAGUCCAGUUAGAACCCCAUAUAGUAACACUAUGAACCCUUAUGCCACGCCAAAAAACAUAAACCCUUUUAUUGAUUACGGAAAACUCCCAGCUUUUCAGCAGCCUCUAUAUUCUCAUAACCACCCAAAACUUCACCCAGACAAUCCUAUUGUGGGUUAUGGAAGAGAUGCUUAUAAAUACACGCCUAGAAAGAUGUCAAAUUUCGGUACUAUGAUGGUAAAGCCUAACAGUUUUAGAUAA